AGCUAUCAGGCACGAGGGGGUUUAGGCCGGCGCUCAAGGGCUGCGGCUCGCACAUUCGAGUGGGCUUCCUCGAUCAUGUACCCUUGCCUGUGAGCCACGGUACCCAGACCCCCGACGUCAUGAUUUGUCAUGACGUCGACACCCAGAGGUCUCGACCCAUUCCCCAAGCUUCAUGACUAUCGUGUUCUUUCCCUCCACGUCAUGGCCGGGCCCCGGGCCCGGCGGUUGCCGCGGCGCGCCAAGCGCCGUGGGGCAGCGGUGGCGGCGGCCGGCGUAUGCGCGCUCUGCGCCGCCGCGGCGCUCGGGGCCAGGUUCGGGCCGCGGGCCGCGCCGCCCCUCGCGUUCCUGGCGCAGGCGUCGCGGGCCGCGGCCGCGGCCGCGCUCGGGUCCCUGCUCGCCGCGUCGCCGGGUCCGUCGGGCCUGGGGUCCGCUGCGGUCGCUCAGCAGGCACCACAGGUGGCCGCCGCCCAGGCCGAGUCGAAGGAGGCCAGGCUCCAGAGGCAGAUGACACAGCUCCAGAGGGAGGC